AUGGCGCUCCUACAGCAUAAAGCGCUUGCUGACUACAAGAAACAAGUCGAGGCCUUUCAGUCCUUCCUCGAGAAAUUCGAGACAUCCAAAACCUCACCAGAUGCAGCCACCGAGGCCAUUAGCGCGCUGGAUCUUGACGGGGAUCAGACCAGUGAUGAAUAUGACUUCAUGGAUGAUGUCGCCGAACGAGAUGGCAAUAACUCCCGACGGCGGCCAAAGCGGAAGUAUCUUGAUAUGUUGCUAGAUGUCGCCAACCGAGAGCGCCCAGAUGUUCUGAUAGAGCUCGACGAUGUGCGAGAGUUCGAGGACUCUUUAGGAGCCGAAUCUGAUCUCCAUCUCGUUGAAUCAAUCACGAAGAAUACAAAGCACUACAUCGACCUUUUCUCAGAGGCGGUGGACAAGGCAAUGCCAGAACCAACCAAAGCGAUCUCUUUCAAAGACGAUAUCAUUGAUAUUAUCACCGCUCAACGACAAAAACGGAACAACACAAUCGUUCAGAACGCCCAAGUAGAUCCUGACGUGAAUCCUGCUGUCGCAUCCUUCCCACCAGAAUUAACGAGAAGAUACACACUCUACUUCAAGCCCAUCACUCCUACGGGUGCAGACAUUGCGAAGAAAACACUGGCCGUGCGACAAGUUCGUGGGGAGCAUUUGGGUCAAUUGAUCACUGUGCGUGGGAUCACGACAAGAGUCUCCGACGUCAAACCAAGCGUACGCAUCCAGGCUUACACGUGUGAUCGAUGUGGUUGUGAGAUCUUUCAACCUAUUGCAACGAAACAAUUCACGCCGAUGCAAGUCUGUCCUUCAGAGGAUUGCCAGAAGAAUGACACAAAAGGCCAACUGUUCCCGGCUACCCGCGCCUCCAAGUUCGUGCCAUUUCAAGAAGUCAAAAUACAGGAGAUGGCAGAUCAGGUUCCAGUUGGUCACAUUCCAAGAACAUUGACAGUCCAUUGUAACGGACCUCUUGCGAGAAAAGUCAACCCAGGUGACAUUGUUGAUAUUGAUGGCAUUUUCUUACCGACGCCUUACACAGGAUUCAGAGCCAUCCGGGCCGGACUUCUAACAGACACUUAUCUCGAAGCCCAGCAUAUCACCCAACACAAGAAAGCCUAUCAGAAUGUGAAACUUGAUCUUCGGGUUCUGCGGCGCAUCGAAUCUUUCAAGGCCACAGGCCACCUCUACGAAUAUCUGGCAAAAUCGAUUGCUCCUGAAAUUUAUGGACACUUGGAUGUCAAGAAAGCACUUCUUCUUCUAUUGAUUGGUGGCGUCACCAAAGAGAUGGGCGACGGCAUGCGCAUUCGUGGCGACAUAAAUAUCUGUCUUAUGGGUGACCCUGGCGUAGCGAAGUCCCAGCUUCUCAGAUAUAUUCAAAAAGUUGCGCCACGCGCUGUCUACACCACCGGUCGAGGCUCAAGCGGAGUUGGUCUAACAGCCGCUGUAAUGCGUGAUCCAGUUACAGACGAGAUGGUGCUUGAAGGUGGUGCGUUGGUUCUCGCAGAUAACGGUAUCUGCUGUAUUGACGAAUUCGAUAAAAUGGAUGAUGGAGACAGAACCGCCAUUCACGAAGUCAUGGAACAGCAAACCAUCAGUAUUAGCAAAGCUGGUAUUACUACCACCUUAAACGCUAGAACUUCGAUUCUAGCAGCGGCUAAUCCUCUAUACGGACGAUACAAUCCACGUAUCUCACCUGUGGACAAUAUCAACCUUCCAGCCGCCCUACUGUCUCGUUUCGAUGUCUUGUUCCUGAUACUUGACACCCCUUCGCGGGAAGCGGACGAAGAGCUCGCCAAUCACGUCUGUUACGUGCACAUGAACAAUGCGCACCCCGAACGCGAAGGCGAGGGCGUCACAUUUGCACCAGACGAGGUACGACAAUACAUUGCACAAGCGAGGACCUACCGACCUAACGUCCCCAAAGGCGUGAGUGACUACAUGGUAGGGGCAUACGUUCGAAUGCGCCAGCAGCAGAAACGGGAUGAAGGAGGCAAGAAGCAGUUCACGCACACCUCGCCGCGUACGCUCCUCGGUGUCCUACGUCUUUCACAAGCGCUGGCUCGGCUGCGGUUCAGCAAUGAAGUCGUCAGCGAGGAUGUCGACGAGGCAUUGAGACUGAUCGAAGUGUCCAAGGCAAGCUUGUACCACGACUCGCGCAGCGGUGGUGAUCAGACGGUGUCAAGCAGGAUCUACGAUCUCAUCCGUGGCAUGAGAGAAUCAGGAGCUGCCAGCGUCGGCAGUGGUGGUGCACGAGGCGAGUUGAAUCUGACCAGAGUUCGGGAAUUGGUCCAGGCCAAGGGCUUCACGAGCGACCAGUUCACGAGGACGGUGGAGGAGUAUGAGUUGCUGGAUGUGUGGCAAGUCGCUAAUAACGGCACCCGACUGGUGUGGAUUGAGGCCGGUGACAGCGACGACGAGGAUAUGAGCGAUUGA